AAACAGCCAAUUGAAAAGCUGUGCGAUGUGUAACUGAUGACUUGUGUGUAAAUUCAGUGAUUUGAGCAAGACGUCAAGACUUUUCAACCAAUAAUAUCUCCUACGCUUACAGAUUUAUUACACACACACAGAUGUGAUUAAACAGUCUCUUGAAAGCCUUCUGAGCAGAUUCAUGCCAGCUGAUUGGAAACUUUGGAGAGCCGGUAAUAUCUCACUGAAUGAUAUCCAUCCACACCUGCCCCCCCCGGCUUCACUGCUUGGAACCUCAGGAUCAGUCCUCACUGGACCCACCACGACCACAACCACUACAGCCUAGACCUUCCCCUCAAGCUCACUCCACCUGCAAAUAGUUUUCAGGGCGCUCAACGAUGUCCAGAGAAUGAGCCGUGUUUGGUGAGGAAAUCAAUGGCUGCACCCGUUAGACUCUUCUGUCAUUCUUGAUGCCAAGUGCUGCUACACACUGAUACAGUAGCUUCUGUGGAGAAGAUUGCAUGAACAACACAAAGUUUUAAGCACCUUUAUCAGUAAACAACUGUCACCACCUCUGGCUGUCUCACCUGGCUAUCAGUUCCUGGCUGAGUGAGGAGGUGAGCUCCCACCGGGGAAAUAAUGGGAGUGACCAUCAAUGGAGCUUGCUCCUGAGAUACGGAUGGAGCUGAUCCCAGGAAAAAUCCUCCAGUCUGAUUCAUUGCUGCUGGCUGAGGGGGGGCAGAUGGUCCAGCAGGAACGGGAGGAGGAGGUGGAAGGGUUUGGCCAAGACGAAGGUGGCGAUCAAAGCGGGUCAGACAAGCUGGAGAGUGAGGCAACCACAGCUGCUACUCACACCAAUGCCGACAUCACUCAGACCAGUACAGGGAAUCAGUACGAAGGCAGUGGCUCCAGUAGUGUUACCACAUCAAUAGAUGAAGACUCCAUGAAGCCAACUGAACCACCAGGCCUGGACCCCAUCAUUAUCAUUAUCCCUGCAGUGCUGGCGGCCGUAAUCAUCUGCAUGAUAGUUUGUGGCAUUUUCAUCAUCCGUAGGUGGAACAAACAAAAGAGAAAUCCAGACCCGAAUAAAGAAGAUCCAUAUUUGGAUGGAUCCAGUACCGAGAAGGUGCCGAUGCCGAUGUUUGAAGAGGACGUGCCCUCUGUACUCGAGCUCGAAAUGGAAGAGUUGGACGAGUGGAUGAAAAAGGAUGGUGAAACUGCAGAGGACUCUAAAUGUCUGUAACUGAAUUUAAGGUUAAAGGAGACACGCUCAACACAGCGCAAUAAUGCCAGCACUGAUGUUUGAACCUCCUUCACCAGCAAUAAUCCAGCCAUGUGACUGUCUGGAAACAACAACACUUAACACUCAUUUUUACAAUUUUGCUGGAAAACAGCAACAAAAGUUCAACCUCAAAUUUUUUCUAAUGCAACACCUCCGAUAGCCGUUAGAGAACAGCAGCAUAUAACAACCGAACCAAAACAGUCUCCCUGUGAUCCGUUUUACACCACAUGGUGUUCUGCUUUAAUAUGCUGCCAGGUACAUGUACAGUAUUUUAUGGCUCAGAUUCAUAAUGUAGUAACUGAUGAUGUUACAAUUAGGUCACUAUCUCUCCUCUCCAUCAUAGAUUGUUCUUUGUUUCUGCUUAUGGCUCUUUCCUAAGCUCAAAGCCAUUUUGUUGCAUUACACUUAAAGGGGAGAUAUCCAGCUGAAUGCAUGACAGAGAAGCAAUGUUUUUAAGUGUUUUGUUUGAAAUCUCAAAGCCUGUUUCUGAGGCUUUGGAUAAAUUAUUUCCCGUCAUCGAAGCAGCUUUCAGAAAGCUGGACCUGAUAAGAUUUUUAUCUCUCCACAGAUAACAAAUAACUCUUUGACUGAACACUUUAUAUCCUUUUCUUUGUCUUUGAAAGUGUUAAAUCAAAGCAGUUGUGACAUUGAUCCAAAUGUGAGCUAUACUUAAAGUGUCAGUCAGUAUUGUGCGGGAUCCUGCACUGUAAAUAUGAGAAUACAGUAUACCAAAACAUGUUUGUAAAUAUUUCAUAAAGGCACUUGUGUCGUUGAUUUGCUGAUGGUGCUUUAAGUAAAAUUUCAAUAAAUAAGACCUUGCCAUAAAA